UGUACUGAUUUAUUAUACGAAUGAGAAAAUUACGAACGCGCGCGCAUAAAUUUGCAGAGUAGUGCCAAUCAAUUAACGAUAAAUUGGCCUGUUUUCAACCAAUCACGAUGAAGUUACUUUCUCAUUCAUAUAAUAAAUUGCCCUCAUCGGUAACAUAAAUUUUAGAAGUGGACGUGUGGAGAACGGUCAAACUGAGUCUGAUUAUGUGGACUUGAAACAUAUGAUGGCUUGUAUAUUAGUCGAUGUAAAGAGUCAUAAACCUCUGGAAAAGCUUCAGUUUCCCGAAAAGAUGGCUUUAAUGUGUCGGCGAUUAUUCCGAGAUCGACGCACUAUAAGUACUGUACUUGUCAUUGUACUUUGCGCUAUUGUAAUGCUCGUUAACUUGCUCAGUGUGCAUCAGCGAGAUAUCGACAAAGUUUCUCCCUUCAAGGCUGCGGAUGUUUCUUACCCACGAGCUAAGUUUACUGUAAACAUAGCUACCAGCUCAGUAAUUGCUACUGUGGACGAAAAGUUUAUAUCUGUUGGUAUACCUUGGAGGACUCUAGUUGAAUGGAACUUCACUGCUGCGGAAGAAAAACAAAUAACUGCCUUGACAAAGGCUCUCUCGCCCGCUUAUGCUCGGAUUGGAGGUACUGCUGGUGACUUUGUUCUUUUUGAUGACCUGGAGAAAACACCUGAACAUUUCGUAAAACAAGCCACUUUUAAUAUUAAUGGUAAAGAUCUGGACAGGAUUAAUCAGAUAGCAGAAAAAGCUGGCUGGCAAGUGCUAUUCACAUUAAGCUUGUUAAGAAGAUCAAAAAAUGGCUCGUGGGAUUCAAGCAACCCUUUGAAAAUAGUGAAAUAUGCAGCUGACAAUGGAUAUAAAUUUGGAUGGGAACUUGGCAAUGAGCCAAAUCGUUACAUGAAGAAGCAUUUCAAUAUAUACGUUUCAUCUGAACAACUUGCUGAAGACUUUAAAACACUAAGAAGUCAUUUAUCAAGCUUACCUAGCGUUAAAAAUUUCCUAGUUGGACCUGAUGUAACACAGCCAGGAGGACAUUCCACGCAUUACUUGAAAGGAUUUCUUGAGAAAGGUCAAUCCUCUAUCGAUGCAGUCACUUGGCAUCAUUAUGAUAUGAAAGCCGUGGAAAGCUCCCUACCCCAAUUCUUCGUACCACAGGCAUUAGACUUAUUGCAUCGAAGCCUAGACAAGGCUGAUGAAGUUCUCGACCAAGUUGCUCCUAAUCUUCCCAGGUGGUUGGGUGAAACUGCAAAUGUCGCCGGAGGAGGCGCUAAAGGACUGUCAGACCGAUUUGUAUCUGGCUUUUUGUGGUUAAACAAACUCGGUUUGGCAGCUCAACAUGGUUAUAAGGUCGUUAUAAGGCAGUCAAUGUUUAGAGGAGAGUAUUCAUUGCUUGGCCAAGACUUGGAACCAAAUCCUGAUUAUUGGUUAGCAGUCCUGCAUAAAAGACUGUUUGGCACUAAAGUCCUUGGAAUAGACCGUGGCAACCAUCGUCCCGAACUGGUGAGAAUCUUUGCCCAUUGCACCAAGACUGGGAUUUACAAGCGGGGUGCUGUCUCAGUUCUGGCCAUGAAUUUGCACCCAAAAAACCCAGUUGAUCUGCAGUUGGGACAAAAUCUUCGGGAAUCUGGUGUCGAUGAAUACCUUUUUAGUCCAGAGGGAUGCAUAACUUCAAGCAUUUGUUUGUUUUUUUCGCUCUGUAGGAAGAUGAGACUUAAUGAAAACUUGCUUGUGAUGGGUGCCAACUCGUCAUUUCCAGUCUUCCAACCGAAUCCAGUUCCGCCAGGCGAUCCCCUGAUCCUUCCACCCCUGACGUAUGCUUUCUAUGUUGUUCCUGAAGCUAAGGCAGCAGCCUGUUUGGAAUCGUCAAGUCUUUUUUUCUGAUACCUUCCUUUUCAAUAUUCCACAUGAAUAUUUUUGACGAAUGCUGCAUUCUUUAAGUGAUGAAUUACGACUCAAAUGAAAUCCUAUUUUUUGGUGUAGUCAGGUGUUUAAUUAACCGACUAUUUAACUCGAUCUGUUACCACAGGCAAGCUGAAUGCUAUAGAAAUUCCUGUCGCUAAGUAACCAAACAUAUAGCCACACCUGAACGGACUUUGUUGAAAAUAAUAGAACAAAACGUAGACAAUUCAUUUCCAGAGAUUUGGUAACGCAGUCAUAAAAUUGAAAUUCAAAGUGCCAGCUGUUAAGAAAAGGUGCUAUUCCAUUUUUUAAUAGCCCAUUUCUAUGUUCCCUUGAGCCUCUCUAUCAAGCGAAGCCUGGUCACAACCAUUCAUCUGAGGAUGAAUUCAAUUUGCGUGUGAAUGAAAUGUCAUUUUCAUAUGAAGGGAUGGGCACCAAGACUCGCCUUGAGAAAGAGGCUAAAGGUUGUUCGGAAAUGGGCUAAUUACUCAGCUAUCAUAAUGAAAUUUUACAUGAGAAUUGAAGCCAGGUCGUAAAUGUGAUAUUUACCAACAUCAGCAACGAGUCCCAAAAGUGUCUGUCUUAGUUAUUUUUCAAUAUUAACCAGCAUCCUCUCAGAUAUCUUUUAUCUAUGCAGGCCAAAAAGUAUAGUCAUGAGUUUCUAAAAAGAAAGAACGACGAUUAAAUGUUUAUUCAUUGAAAGGUAACAAUUUGUUGAUAUAUUAAUUGCAGUUUGCUGAGUUGUCAUCAAUAGCUGAUCGACCUGAAAGUCAUGGCUCAUUUUCCUUACACUAG